GAUCGUCAGCAAGUACGAGCCAAGGCGGCCGAAGAGGUGUACCGCCAAGCCCAAGCAGCCAAAGAACUUGUUGCGGCGCUUGAACAAGGCCGUGGGCGGCCUGGCCCUGAACCCAAAGCAGCGCCUUCCCUGUUGCAACGUCACCGACAGGAACGCGCGUGCGAGCUGAAAGGGAGUUCCAACAUGGUCAAAGUUCAGAAGUCCAAGUCCGGCAGAACGCAGACAUCCAAGAGGUUUGAACAAGUUCGCCGGGAAUUGGUCCUCAACCAGCUCUGCUCCGAUUCCGAUGGGUCUGCUGAUUUUGCCAUUCCAUUUACCCCCAUAUCAUCCAGUUCAGAAGCCAGCUGGAUGGGAUUCAAGGAUUGGGACACGCAAAGCUUGCAACAGCAGCUUGCAGACGUGCAGCAAAGCUACACUCCAACAGGUGCAGUGGCACUCGUAAACGGAGAGGACGCAUCUGUUUGUCCAGCCGAGCAAAGCCGCAUGAGCUUGCAAUCAGAAAGCAUCGAUGAGUUGUGCUUUGCCACGCCGGAUAAGCCUCUGGACUCUGUCACAAGCUGGACGGAAGCAUGUCCUGAAGAAACUUCGCGCAUGGAUGCCGGUUGUUCGUUGCAGGAAGCGCGAGCAUUUUGCCACAUGUGCCUCGUGCAGGCCGACCGGAUCAAGGCAGAGAAUGCAGAGCUACAGGGCCUUUCCGCGGAAGAGGCAACGGACAGCCCGGCUGACCUCGUGGCCCGCAUAUCAUCCGCCCAGGAAGCUCGCUCAUUCGCGCUGAUGUGCUUGAAGGCCAUUGAAGACUAUGAAGCAGAGAAUGAAGCGCUACGGCAGUCGAAGCAUGCUGCGAGUAAUGAAGCAGCUUCGAAAGUCAGCUAA